UCUUCUUCUUGGAAGCAAAUCCGAUCUCAAUCCAAGCGCGAAGAAUCGUGAAAAACUCAAGAUUUCAUCACUCUACACUCUCUUUGACUGCUGUUUAUCUUCAAAGAUUCAUCAAAACCGUCAUUCUAAAGCAAGAAGAAGCAGUUCAAUCCACCAUCGGAGGAGCCUUUACAAGACGCACCUUCAGUUCGCAGCAUCGGAUCGGAGGAAUUCACUUACAAAAAGCCACUAGAUGCGGCUCCUACAGUUCGCUUUCUUAGUUGCAUUGGUCUCUGGCUUGACUGCCAUCCUCAUUUACAUCACUGGUGUAUCUAAUCUUAAGAGGCCGCACCAGCUAUCGGAUGCAGAUCUCCAAGCAUUGCAGUCUGUACAAAGCAGUUUCCAGAAGUGCGUGAGUUCAAAUGGACUAGGAUUACAAGCUAUAAGUGGCAAGGAUAUAUGUAAAGUGACGCUACAGUUCCCUAGUAACACUGACUCUAAAUGGACAGAUCCUAAAACAAGGAAACCUGAAGGUUUGUCAUUUGAGUUUAACCUUUGUGAAGCUAUUGCAACAUGGGAACAGGUUCGGAAUAGCAGCACUAUACUCACUAAGGAGUUCAUUGAUGUUUUACCCAAUGGAUGGAAAGACUAUGCUUGGCAGAGAAUUAACAAAGGGAUACUUCUAAAUCAUUGCGAAAACAAGACUCUUUGCAUGGAGAAACUUUCUUUAGUGCUCCCUGAAACACCUCCAUAUCUUCCAAGGCAGUUUGGCAGAUGUGCUGUUGUUGGUAAUUCAGGUGAUCUCCUGAAGACAAAGUUUGGAAAGGAGAUAGACGGUUAUGAUGCUGUUUUCAGAGAGAAUGGUGCACCAAUUGAGAACUACACAGAGUUUGUUGGGAGCAAGAGUACAUUCCGCCUUCUUAAUAGAGGAUCUGCCAAAGCCCUGGACAAAGUUGCAGAAUUAUAUGAUGCUGGAAAGGAGGUGCUGAUCAUCAAAACUACCAUUCAUGAUAGCAUGAACAAAAUGAUCCGGGAAAUUCCAAUUCGCAAUCCUGUGUAUCUCAUGUUAGGUGCAUCUUUUGGUUCAGCAGCGAAAGGAACUGGGCUCAAAGCUCUUGAGUUUGCUCUCUCCAUCUGUGACAGUGUUGACAUGUAUGGUUUCACAGUUGAUCCAGGUUAUAAAGAAUGGACCAGAUACUUCUCUGAGUCUCGAAAUGGUCAUACACCUCUUCAUGGCAGAGCUUACUAUCAGAUGAUGGAAUGCUUAGGACUUAUAAAGAUACAUUCUCCAAUGAGAACUGACCCAAACCGUGUUGUGAAGUGGGUUCCUGAUCGUCGCACAAUUAACGCAGCCAGACUUGCAUCUGAGAAAAUUUUGGGGAGGGUUGGAGGAGGAUCGGUUGAUCCACUUUCUGCAUGCACAAUUUCUAAGAGACUAAUAAAUAGAAGAGAAGCUAAAAAGAUUUCAAAUGCAAGAAAAACUGUUCUUGACCAUCUACAAUAUGUGAGACAUACCAAUAUGUAUCCUUUGGAGCACAAUCUCGGUCACGGUUCACUCUGUACAACUUCUCCCUAAUGUAUCAAAACCUCAUAUACUAAUUGCUACCCGAGAUGAAGAAUGAUUCAAGUUUAGGCAUGCUGAGGCUGAAAAGGACAAUACUCCAAGAUCGAUUAAAACACGCAAAAAGCUGCCUUGGGUCCAGGUUUUUCCUUCUUUAUUUUUACCAUGUUUUUGCAUUUUUGGGUGUUCUUGUAAAACAUUGAUACACAUAGUAAAAGUAAACUAAACACAUUAGUUGUUUAUGGAGAGUAAUAUAUUGUAGAUCAAAUGCAAAAAUCAAAAUGAAUCAAUGCUUGUUUUAUGUCA